GGCUCCACGCAUGCGCAUUAUGUCAUCUCCCUCACAGCUUUCCAUGUGUUUUUUAAGCUAACUGCACCAGAAUUUGUUCUAAAGCUCACAAUCGUGGUAAUAUAAAGUAUCGUUUUCUCAAUAUGGGAGGACAGGCUAAGAGUAAAAAGAAAAACAAACCGAAGCGAAAAGACAAACGCACAAUAAAUGAUGCUGGAAUUGUGGCACUAUCACCUCAGGAGAGGAUGAAAGUGAGAAUGCAUAUAAAGGCGAAGAAGACAACAGCUGCCAAGUACUCUGUGGAACAACUCCUAGAAAAGACAGAAGAAUGCAUGGACAGUUUUGAUUUUGAGAUGGCCGGACUUUUCUGUCAACGUGCCCUGGAUCUGGACUCCAAUAAUCUGCAAGCUCUUACUAUGCUGGGACACAUCUCCACUGAGCUUGGAGACACACAGAAAGCCAAGGAAGUUUUUCUUCGUGCUGUGGAAUUGAGCCCUGAUGCUGGCCACAGUAAGUACAUGUACCUGGGGCAGAUCCACACUGGCCAGGAGGCUGUUGAUUACUACGCCAAAGGAAUCCAAAUUCUGCUCUCUGUAUUAGACACGCAAGAACAAAACACCGCCCAGGCUGAAGCUGCAGCUCCCGUCGGUGCGGAACCUGAACUUCCGACGGUGAAGGAUGCGAGCGUGGCGUACUGCUCCAUUGCUGAGAUUUACCUUACUGAUCUCUGCAUGGAGGAGGGAGCCUCAGACAAGUGCAGAGAGUUCAUUGAGCGAGCGCUACGGUAUCACCCUGACAACCCUGAAGCCCUACAGCUCAUGGCCAGCUACCUGUUCAGUGCGGAGAAAAAUAAGGAAGGCAAAGAUUACCUGUUGAAGAGCGUCCGGCUGUGGCUGCCCACCCACAAAGAGGCGGCGGCUUCCACCAGCCUCGGAGAAGAUGUACAGAACGAGAUCCCGCCGUACGAGUCGCGUAUCACCACAGCCAAGCUGCUCGUGGAGGCUGAGGAAUACGAGAUGGCAGUGGAAGUACUGGAGGGUCUCCUGGAAGAGGACGAUGAGGUUGUUCAGGUGUGGUAUCUUUCUGGCUGGGUGUGCUACCUUCAGCUCGAGCGGGCCAAGGAGCAGGAAGAAAAGGAGGUACGAGCAGUGAGCCAGGAAGAAGAAGAGGAGAGGACGGCGCUAAAAGAGGCGGCCAGAUUGCACCUGACUAAAGCUAAGAAGCUGCACAGCAAGCUGCACUGUGACGACCAGCCCGUGUUGGAGCACGUGGAGCAGCUGCUGAGCGAGCUGGGAGGAGAAAUGGAGGGCGAGGAUGAAGAUACGGCCGUUGACGAAGACUACGAACCUGCCAGUGAGGACGAGGAUGAGGAGAAGAAGAAGGAGGAGACACCCAUGGAACAUUGAUCGCACCCCCGUUUUGGCCUGGUUCCCUUAUUUCUCUGUUAAGUGCCUUGACGUUGGUUCCACCUGCUUGUAUUCAAGUAAGUCAUCUAAAAGCUGCAGUUUAGUUGAAGUCAUUCUUCUCCAAAGGGGUUGUUAAAAAUGGACCAUGGGCAUGCCAAGCCACAGUUGUUAACAGUUUUUUGGGGCUUUGGGGCCCGUUCACACUUGUCAUGUUUGGUUCCAACGGUGAACUCUCCAUGGAAAACGACAGCAAAAAAACAUGCACCGACAAAUAUUGUAAAUUCCAGCAUGUAAGGCACACCCAUAAGUACAAAUUUUAUACAAAUUUUAUACAAAUUAUACGAGGACAAGGCAGCUCUGUAUUUGACAGGAUUCAAUCAUGAGCGAUGAAAAAACACAACCCAUUGGAAAUUGCAGUAUAAUUUUCUAAAGCGCACUAAACUCAUCACACAGCGACUUAACAGUCAAAGUAUACCUAAUAAAUAAACAAAAGUGAAACAGACAAGUUAAAAAUCAAAACAAAAAAAGUAAGGUUUUGAAAUAUAUAUCUCUGCCCACUAUGCCGGAACCGAAAGGGAGGCUGACGUCAUUGCAGCGUCCCAAUAAAUGCUCAGGUGCAGUGUAUUAUAGGAAAACUUUAAAAGACUUUAGAAAAGUUAUGUUAAACCCGUAUUUCAUAAUUCUCAGCUAUACCCUUUGAGUGUUAAGUUGCUGUGUGAUGAGUUUAGCGUUCUCUUUCAGAUGACCUCCUGUGGACGUCACAAGAUUAGAAUUUACCCAUAAAUUUGCUGCACCGCUGUAUAAGACGCAGGGUUCGAGAGUUUAGGAAAAAAAUUAGCACCGGUUUAGCAUCUAACAGAACGCUUGUGCAGGUUUUCGUGCAAAGUCAUGGCCGAAACAACACUUGUUUAAACUUGUUCAUAUUUCUCACAUUAAAACAACCUGUUCACAUAUUUUUUUUUGUUUUCUUUUUUUUUUUAUACCUCUUCAAUCCACCCGAGUGCACGCUUAGUACAGAUCCUCAAGGUCAGUGAACGUAUCAGCAGGCGACGCUUCCACUAAAACCGCCGCUGU